UGAUGGAUCGAUCAGACACGGCACCGCGAUGUCUAUCGCCGCCGGGCUUCAUCACCCCCUCCUCCCCGGCCACCACCAUCGUGCGCCGCCUAGCACGGCUCGCCUCCGCUGACCACCGCUUGCCAAGGCCUACCGUCCCUGUCGCACCGCUCCUCGCUACAGGACUCUCCGCCGCCGACGUACGUAGGACGGGCUUGUCCCUCGCUGCCACAGGGCUCCCUGUGGCUGCCGUAGGAAGGGCUGGUCCCUCGCCGAUCCUCGUCGCCGCAGGGCUCUUUGUGGCCGCCGUAGGACGCCCGUCGCUGCCUCCUGCACCUCGCCAUGGCCACCGCGGCACAUCUCGCCGACGAACCGCGCUAGUGGAGGCGCAAGGUGUGUUCCUCAUGGUUCCACGGAUCUCGUUCUUCACCGCCCUCCAGCACUCUCCCAUGCCAUCCCCGACGAGCCUCACGCUUCAGCAAGCAAUGUGGUUGGUGUUGGCCUUUGAAAAGCUGGUGAUUGAGGAGCUGCAUAACCUGCAUUAGUGUAAGUUGUUGCUCUUGUGUGCACUUACAAAUAAACCUCCAAACUCUACGACGAAACACAAAAUGUGCAGGCAAGCGCACCAUGCAUUCUCUUGAGACAUGUUUACUGUGUGUUUUUAGCUCCAACAAUUGGUUUUAAAAUCCUGAGUCUAAUACGAAAAUUAUGAGUGGGUUAUCUCAGAUCCUCCUGAUAUACAGAAAAAAGCUACUCCCUCCGUCCAUAUUAAGUGCUGAAAUAUUACAUAUAUCUAGACGUAUUUUAGUAUAUAUGUACGUCCAUUUUAGACAAAUUUGAGUCACUUAACAUGGGACGGAGGGAGUAUGUGUUUAUUACUUUAGUAUCUCAGAAUUUGCAUUGGAAUCUUUAUUUAAAUGUCCAAUUGCAUACUUAUGAACCCAAACGCACAACAUGCAUGUGGUCUUUAUUUAAAUCUUUAGGAGUCUGCUAACUACCGAGGGGAGGUGGCUGCAGAAAUUGGAAAUUCACAACCUGGGAUGGCCACCGAUGGCUCACAGUCACAAACAACUCUUGAGAAGACUAGAAAGCAGAAGAGAGUUUCCAAUGCUACCCUGAGUGAAACCAUCAAACCACAAUGUCGUUUUAGAGUGAAUGUUCCUCUCAGAAUGUGAAUACCUGUCUUGAUGGAGUGUAUGAAUCGGCUAUUAGGUACAUUACUUGUUGGACUGGAUGCUUUUCGUCAAUUGAAUUAUAGCGAAAUUGGUACUACUGAAUCAAUUGCUGAAUAUGUGAUUGAUUGUUGCGGCCUUUUCCAAAAGAGCCUCAGUUGGAA